CGGGCAUCCUAGAACGGUAUAUAAAGUCGGAUCAAAUGGUUCGUGGGCACACUCAGCAAUCGGUCGAUGAGGAAGAUGAAGGCCCUCGUGAUCCUGCUAGCUUUUCUCGUCUUGGUCGCAGCUGCGCCCCGUCAGCGUCGCGAUGCUAUUUGGAGUGGAUAUCACGGUGGCUACGGUGGUCACCUUGGAUACGCUCACGGCGUGGCGGUCGCUGGUCCAGCCUUGGGACCGGCCAGCGUAGCCGGUCCUCACAUCGGAUCCACCAUGGUGGCAGCGCCGUCCAUAGGACCGGCUAAGCUGUCCGGAUCAGUUGCUGGGCCGGUGCACGUUUCCGGUGCUGUGGCCGGCUCUGCCGUUGUCACUGCUUCCGUUGCCGGACCCGCUCACGUUGAGGGCUACGAUGCUGGUCCCUACGAUGGAGGAGUCGGUGUCGGAUACGCGGGCCCGGCCUACAGUUACGCGGGAUACCCGACAUUCGCGGGAGUUGGCAGCCACGGAGCGGUGAUAGCGGGUCCAGCGUCUCACGGUGCGAUUCUCGCGGGGCCGGCGUCCCAUGGUGCCGUGCUCUCCGGACCUCAUUCGGGAACCGCGGCGGUAUCCGGUCCCCACGCUGGAUCGGUGGUGAUCGCCGGCCCCUCCGGCAAAAUCACUGCCCACGGGACAGGUUACGGAGCGAUCCACUCUGGCCACUCUGGCCAUUGGUAACGA